AUGACUAUUAGUGCAAAAUCAAGAUUGAAGGCUUGUGAUCCAUAUUGUACAAGAAAGCCUCUUGAAAAUGCAGAUUCCGGUAAAGAUAAACCUUACAAAGCUAAAAAAGAUAAGAUCUCUGCAUCCUUGAAGGCAAUGAUUGACGCUCAAGAGUUGAUGAAAUCAAUCGAGUCAAAGAAGAAGAAGAGACAACAACAACAUAAAGCAAAUCUAAAUAAGAAGAAUAAAGAGAAAGAGUUGGAGGAAGAAAAGGAGGAAGGAGAUGAAGUAGGAAAUGAAGAUAAUAAUAAUAACGAAGAUCAAGAGGUAACCGAUAGAAAGAAGAAAAAGAAGUUGUCGCACAAGGAGAAGCUGGAGUUGGAGAGAGUCAAUGCAAAGAAAGGUGGUUGUGAUAAGGAGACCGAUUACAAGGAGGAUCAGAUCAAGCUGCAGAUUCUCAUGGGUUUGAGAACACCGAAAGCAAACGAUGAGCUUAGAGAUAAAGAAGAUAAAGAUAAAGAUCAACAACAAUCAUCAAAUAAGAAGAAUAAGAAACAACAAAAACCAGAUGAAACAACUCCAACAACUUCUACUACAACAACCUCUACUUCCACUACUACAACAACAACAUCAUCAACAACAGCAGAAACAUUACAAAUCUAUCAAAAGGAAGGUGAAUCAAAUACCAAAUUUAAAAAGAGAAUGUACAAUGAAGUUCAAGAGGAUAAAAAGAAGAAAUCGACUACUUAUCAAAAGAGAAAAGAAUUCCAGAAACAAAGAAAGAUCAAAGAGAAAUUGAAAAAGAAAGAGAAAACUUUGGGUGUUAAUAGUGAUGAUGAAGAUGACUACGAAGAGCAACAGCAGCAACAACAAGAGAAGCAACCAGGUGAAAAGAAGAGAAAGAUUAAGGAUUUCAAGGAGUUGAAAGAUGACUUUAAGUUUGGUGAACAAGCAGAUCGUCCUCCUACUCUACCGGUGGUCAAAGAUCUCUCUGCCAAGAAGUUGGCAAACACCACUGCCUCUGCCAAGCGAAAGUAUAUCUGGCAAGACGAUGCAAAUAGCGAUGACGACGACAAUCACGAACGUCGUGAACAACAGAGAGAACUCAAACUCCAACAGCGUCGUGAUGAAAUUCAGAAACAAAGAAUGGAUCUCCUACGUAACACUGUCAUUGAGAACUACAGAGAAUCAAAGAAGUUAAAACAACAAAGAAAUAAUCUUUCAUCGGCAUCACCAUCAACAAUGAACUUUGACAACGAAUCAUCAUCAUCAUCUUCAAAUAAACAAAAAUUCUAUUUAUAA